AUGUUUUCUCUGCUCAUGAUGUGUUUGGCUGAGUAAGUAUCAAACCUAAGUUCAGCUAUGUGUGGAUGACAUUUCAACUCAUUUUGUACAUUUAUCUGUUAUUAAGAGGUGCAUUCAUCAAAGCUACAAGCCAGCUGUGUUAAACUUGACAUAUAUAUAUAUAUAUAUAGAGCAGCAUGUGUGCUCUGCCACUGUCCUGUUGGACCAAACAGCUGAGAUCACAUAACACAAGGGCACUUCUUCAGAAAGCUGUCUGUGUUGGUCCAAUCCAAGACUCUAGAUGCUGCAGCUCUGGAAGGCCCAAAAGGAGGGUUGUUAUAACAGGUAUAGGGUUAGUGUGUCCUCUGGGCACAGGGACCGCCCUGACCUGGGACCGCCUCAUUAAAGGCCACAGUGGGAUUGUUGCUCUUCACUCAGAGGAGUACAAAACCGUUCCCUGUAAAGUGGCGGCACUGGUGCCCAGAGGAAAGGACCAGGGUCAGUUUCAGGAGGAGAUGUUUGCGUCUCGUGGGGAGAUCAGCAGCAUGUCUCCUGCCACCGUGAUGGCCCUUGGAGCUGCUCAGUUGGCCCUGGAGGACUCAGGUUGGCACCCCGACACCCCAGAGGAACAGCUCAGUACUGGGGUGGCUGUUGGCAUGGGCAUGGUGUCCUUGGAAGAAAUCGCUCGCACCUCCGUUGCCUUCCAGGAGAAGGGCUACAAAAAAGUCAGUCCCUUUUUUGUGCCUCGCAUUCUUGUCAACAUGGCUGCUGGACACAUAAGCAUCAGACACAAACUGAAGGGCCCCAACCAUGCAGUGUCCACAGCAUGCACCACGGGGGCACACGCCAUAGGUGAUGCCGCCAGGUUUAUUGCCCACGGGGAUGCGGAUGCUAUGAUCUCAGGGGGAACAGAGUCCUGUGUGGGGCCUCUGUCAGUAGCCGGCUUUGCCAGGGCACGCGCCCUCGCCACUAAAUGGAACGACAACCCCACGCAGGCGUCGAGGCCCUUUCACCCAGAGCGAGAGGGCUUUGUGAUGGGCGAGGGAGCGGCGGUGCUCCUGCUGGAGGAGCUGGACCACGCAGUGAAAAGAGGAGCCAGGAUCUAUGCGGAGAUCCUGGGUUAUGGACUCUCAGGGGACGCCAGCCACAUCACAGCACCCACUGCAGAUGGAGAUGGAGCAUUCAGAUGCAUGUCUGCAGCCCUCAGAGAUGCGGGCGUCACACCGGCAGAUGUGACGUAUGUGAACGCUCACGCCACGUCUACGCCUUUGGGUGAUGCCGCGGAAAAUGCCGCCCUCAAGAGGCUCUUCCAGGGAAGAGUUGAGAACCUGGCCGUCUCCUCCACCAAGGGGGCCACGGGACAUCUGCUGGGGGCCGCGGGGGCCCUGGAGGCCGCGUUCACCGCUCUGGCCUGCUACCACGGGGUCCUGCCCCCGACUCUCAACCUGGACCGGACCGAGCCAGACUUCAACCUGAACUAUGUUCCCCUCACAGCGCAGCCAUGGGACAUUCAGGGCCCGCGGGUGGCCCUCACAAACUCAUUUGGAUUUGGCGGCACCAACGCCUCGCUGUGUCUCACCAGCGUCUGAUGACACAACAAUACACUCUUUGUGUGUUUUGGUAUAAUAGAGUUUCACUGACUGAAUCAGUAAACUUGAGGAGUAGCACUAGUUGUUUGUGUGUUCUUAUGAACUGAUUUAAGGAACGUUUCAAUGACAGGCUUUAAACUGAAAAGAUUAAAAGUACCAAAUCCUUGUAAAAAUGGUCAAAUAAAAAAA